GUUUCCGGAAACAAGCUUUUCUGUAGCUAUGUUAUUUUCCGUAUCUUGGUAAAGCCUUUACAUUUGGAUGCAGGUGUUAGAUCACCAUGCAACAGUCCUUCCCAUUUGAAGACACCUAAUUCUGUCCGUGUAUUGAGAAGACAGACACGACAGCCAUCAUGGAUCACAUCAAGAACAGCAACUCUUCCAUCAUCCAGAUGAUAGAAGAUGAGCUUCCCAAGUCCACAGUCUACUAUCUCCUCAUUGCCAUAGUGAUGGCGCAGGCAUGGACGGUGUACCUCUCCUACUACCACUCCCGCGUGCUGGGCCUCAUCAUCACUGCCCUCAUCAACAAGUUCGUCAAAUAUGGACACAUCAGACUGGGAUCCUUCUCCUUCUCGGUUCUCUCGGGGAAGAUCAUGUUCCGGGAAGUACAUCUCAUCACAGAGGACUUCUCAUUUCGGGUUCAGUUUGGGUGGAUCAUCUUCAGGUGGUGGAGGCCAUACAUCUACAAGGAACUCUCUCUGAAGCACCUCACAGGCAGAUUUGGCUGUAUCCACCCCCAGGGAGCUGAGGACUUCUCCCACUCUGACACAAGAAUGUCCUUGUUCCUGGACGGAGUGGAGUUCCACGUGUACAACCGGUCCUCCAACUACGCCAGACUGGAGAAGCUGUUUGGGCUGAGUCCAGAUACUGAGUCGGACCAGGUGUGCAGAGCACCGGGAGAGGGCAGGGGAAUCAAGGUUCCUGAGAAUGCAGACGGCUUGCACUGGAGAGACUUGAUCCCAGUCACAAAGAUUAACAUCAACUCUAUGACUGAUGGUUCUGACUGGUUGUAUUGCAGGCCUCCAAGGUUUAUGGGAGAAGGAUUCGUGAUCCUGCAGUCUCGAGAUGUAGAUAUAUACUUCUACAUGGAUGAACCUGGGGUUGUUCCCCAUGAGCCUGAGCUGAUGGAGAUGGCUGAUGGUGAGGUGGUAGUGCGGCGGACAUACCCCUGUAUGGGCGUGGACAUUAAGUGCGGACGCAACACAGACUUCAACUAUGGCCCUUGGGUCGACCGGCAGAGGGAGCACCUAUGGAAGUUCUUCUACCCACCAGACUACCAGCCACAAGUCCCGACAGUUGAGUCCGAACCAGGGGAAAAACGCAUUUACAAAACUUUUGAGGUCAAGCUCACCAUCAUUUCAGCUGCAACAUUUGAUUUACUCUUUACCAAAAACUCUGAGACUCAGGCUGUACACAUGAACACAGGUCAAGGGUCAUACGUGGAGGCCAUCAUUCCCUGGAUGAUCGAAGAGAAAGGAUACACCUCAAAGGUCAAGGGUCAGCUUAUGUUGCUGGACAUGACCACAAGCAUGACGUUCAGGUCUCUGGUGGAGUGUGAAACGUUUGAGUUUGAGAUCAGUGGGACGUACCCUAUCGUGUGGAAUGAGCACCAAGACUGGCGACUCGACUUCACUGCUUGCAAGGCCAUUGUCUAUCUCAUAUUUGAACACAAGAACUUCUUUCGAGACCUGAGUGAUGAUUGGUCCACCAAGACCUGUCCAGACAUCUACAGCUUCAUCCCGUACACGUGGACAGUCAAUCUGACGGUCAAGCAGUUUGAACUCCUGACUCUGGCCAAUGAGUACAACUGGAUUGACACGUCCUCCCAACACCCUGAGAAUGCCCACAUUGCAUUUUGUGGAGAGAACCUGGAUCUUUCCCUCCAGCUGCCCUUCGUCGACUUCCUCCCCGUCACCCUCCCCAUCCAGAUGGUCAUCAAGGGUGAGACAGUGGACUGCCGUCUGUACCUCCCAGAGAGCAACACAAGUAGGCACAUCCUCAUAGCACUGGCUGAAAACAUGAAGAUAUUUGACCGUGACGGCAACCCUACAGACAAACCUUUCGGCCAUGGAAAACAAAAACCGUGGAGAAAGGUCACCACUAAGAGCACUGGCUGGGUAGAUUGCUGGAGCACUUCCCAUGUGCUGUUGUCUAUCCGAUACACCUACCAUCCCAUGGCCAUCCUUGGGACCCCUGUCAGCUCCAAGAUAGGACUGGAUGACCUCCCUACCCCAGACAGGGAAGAGUCUCUUCUGAUGCCUCUGCGUCCAUUGUCCAAGCCGGAGUGUUCCAAAUCCAGAGUGACCCCAGAGACAUUCGAUGCUGCAGAAUGGGAUCCAGACGUCUUCAGUGUGGAGCUGGAGGUGGCGCCCUCUGUCUUGUGUCUCUAUGGCUCUCUGUUCCGCUUUCUCAUCAAUGUCAAGGAGAACUACCUCGGUGAGGACCAGAAGGUAGCAGAUUUCAAAGCCGAUGACAGCUCACCAGAGUCAGACGACAAGGACUCCAGCUUUGUCAACAUCACUGCCUCCAACACAGAGAAAAGCACAGCAUUUGACCCGAGGGAAUAUAGGCCAUUUGCUGUGACAGUGUCAGUCAUCCUGCAGGAUAUCCAGGCUCACCUCGUCCGGAACUGUGGUGCUGAUGAUAUUGCCUGCCCGUGUGCUAGGGUGGAGAGGCUGUGUUUUGAACUGGACAAGUCCUACCUGGAGACCAAGCUGCAGCUGCUCCUGUCUCCCUCCGUGCUUAUUGCCAAGGACAACUUAGUGAGGGAAGCUGAUCAGGACCACCUAAAGGAAGGUCACCUGGCUCUGUCCGGCCUCCAAGUCCGAGGUCAUGCCAUGUUCUCCCACGUCGGUCUCCCGCUAGACUCCGAGACCCUGGAGUAUGCCUGGCUAGUGGAAGCAAUCAUCNGACUGGGGGAGGUGACAGGCAGACUCACAUCUCCACAGGUGCAGAAUGUGGCUGAGUUCCUCCAAACGUUUGUGCUGCUCAUUGAUGACCCGGAGAACAAACUGAAGCGCCCCACCCCCUGGAGCCUGUGCCAGCACAUGCUGCCCCAGCCCACCUGCCGGAUGCUGCCCUCCUGUCCCUUCCCCUGCCCCUCCAGUGACGACAUCAAGUACCGUCUGGUGCGUGCCUCCGUCGACUCAGUAAACCUCUUCGUUGUGGAGUCUGGAGCAGCUCUCAAUCUAUGGAGAGAGACCUGCCAUAGCUCCACAUCCAACACUCAUCACUAUAUGACCAAAUUGUGUCCGCUGUGCGCCAUUUCCACCUGUAAUCUCCAUGGCAACAACACCCGAUCAGGCAUCACUUGUGUGGUGGAUCAGGUAACCCUGAAGCAGCACAUCUCAUGCGCUCCCCUCCGUCUGGAGCCUGGACAUCCUGAGAUGUGGCUGGAUGCUGGAGGCUUCUCCUUCGGCCCGCUCAAUGUGGAGGCAGCCAUGGCUCUCCCAAACUCAGAACUCCAUUACAUCCAGGACCGUUUCUUGCACAUGCACGACAAGAAGACAAGGCGACUCUGGUUCCUGUGGCCCAUUCCCACCACCCAUGCAGGACAGAAUGCCAACAUUGCUGGAAAGUGUGGUUGUCUUGGUGGCUGUGUGUUCUUUGGCAAGAACAAGAACGGCACAACCUUCUUCAAAUCUCGACGCCACAGAGAACCCAGCAAUGCUGCCAUCCCUCAAGUCUUCCCUGAAGGUGUUGAUCCAGGGUUCGCUCAGAGCUUGCUGCACAAGGACAAGCUUGUGUUUGACGUGGGACACUCCCUGAAAUCCAUGACACCGAAGAUGUCCCCUACAGAGUUCUCCUUCACCAGGGGGUACAUGAGUGAUGUGGCAAGUCCCGACACCCCUGGAGUCAUCAGCUCCACCUUGAUGGACAGCCUCCUGAUGGGGGGAACGACUGACCACGGUGACCUGGACUCCUCCCGUGACAACACUCUCACCAGCGACGUCACCAGUGUCAGGAGCACCAUAAGAGGCAGUGGGAUAGAUGGUAGGAACCAGGACGUGUACGUUGACCCAAGAGUGAAAGACAGUAGUUCUGUCAGCAUCCACUUUGUUGAUGACCGACAUAGUAUCGAGAGUGCCACACUACGGAGACAGACAUCCAUCACUGCAUCGACCUGUUCCAGUAGCCCAUCAUCCCCAUCCGUUCCCAGACAAGGCUCGGCACUGAGUGGCGGGAGCAUGGACUCGACUCUCAUCCACUCCACAACAUCAAAAAGCUCCAUACCAAGUCCUGUUCCUAUUCAUCGCAUUGCUGGCUCUGCUACAGCUAUGGAUAGACUGAUGUCCACAGUGUCUCUGGAGAGUGAUCGGUACUACUCAGCAGAAGAAGAUGUCCUUUCGUUGUCUGAAGCAGAUUCUCAGCAGCAGUAUCAUUCCCUUCUCAGCGGGAUAACUGACUCCCCCAACUCUCCCUGCUUUGACAUUCCAGGGUUCCCGUUCGGUCAGGACCGGACCAUUGAUGCAACCAUCUUGGAGAAGGGUUAUCACCCAAACAUGAAUGACCUGGACUAUGCUAGCUCAGCAAGCAGCUCAACUUCUACGCUCUCCUACACAUCUGCUCCUACAGAUCAUGAGAGUGAAACAAUGUCUGGUGAAGCUCCCGAGGAAUUUUCUUUGAUCGACCUUCACAGUCAGAUGAACCAGCCGAUCACCAAGUCCCCUCUGUUGUUGUCCCGAUAUUCCAGUCACCUCUCGCACUACAACUGUCACGACUGGGUGGCCCCUCCCCCAAUCCACUCGGCUGGGAAGAGCAUCCACUCCCUACAGUCUGAGCACUCCCUUUCCUCGGCCAGCCAGUCCGUAUAUGGGUCAGCCUCGCUGUGGAUCCCUCACUUCAACAAGGUUAGACAAGGUUUCAGCACCAGUGUGAUGAAGGAGAAGAAUGAGCUAAAGCUGCCAUCUCCUCCAGGUCCCAGGCGCUCAGAGGCGUUUGAUUGGUCCAGGAUAGAUGAACAGAAUCAUGAUGAGGAGGACAAUGAUGACAAGAAGCAUCUGGAGAAUACGUCGAAGACCACGGCGGUGAUCAAGGUGGCCGGCACCUUUGACAUCCUGUUGACACCCCUUCUGCUGGAGUCCCUUCAGAGGUACAUUGAAGCUGUGACACCAUGCUUGGCCAGCAUGCAUCCGUCUGCCCUGAUCGACCGUCUGCACAGUCACUGCCUGGACCAGCUGAAGCAGCAGAACAAGCUGAAGAAGGGCCAGACUGGGAACCCAGACGAGCAGGAACAGCCAACUGACUUCCACUCCAACCUCUCCCAGAAGAACAGCACCGACAGGAGAACCAGUGAUGUAGUGAAGACUUCCUCUCUGCAGGCGUUCUUCUCACUGCCUAAGAUUAACCUAUGUGUGAUGCAAGCAUCCUUGGUGGAGGAGGUCAUAUCGUUUGCUGUGCUUGACAACAUCAAUGACCUGACUGCCGUGUCUCUGAUGGCUGUCUGUGUGGAUGGCAUCAAGUGUCAGCUGCUCUCCAACACCCACCACUGUAAGAAGCUGACUGGUGACACAGGUCCAAGACGAACCAGCACCACCCCAGUCCAGCAACGCACCAGGCAUGACUCCAGUGACACGGAACAGUCUAUCGAACACACAAGGGAAGAGAACGUUGGAACUCUCAAACUGAACCGGAUCCACUGUCAGUUGAGGCGGUUGCUAAAACACAGCAACUUCUCUGAUAAUGUUGUGCUGACAGCAAUCCCUGAACACAGGUCCAAUGUACUGUUUACCUUUGAUCAAGAUGGGUCGAGUUCGGUAUCGCAUGUACCCGUGUCUCCUCGCAAGAGACUCUCAAGACAAGCCAGCAGGGACUCACGUGAUGGUGGAUUUGAUGCCACAAUCGGUGUGAUCAUGUUCGAAUGUGGCCUUGAGGAGGUGUCUGUGACAGCAGUACGGAGGCUGGGUUACAAGGAAGAAAUGGACAUGCACCUCCAGCAGAAAAUGGACAACAUUGAGAAGGCUCUCCAGGAGAUGCAGGAAUGCACUCGGGAGGAGAUCGAGCAGCUGACGGAGAGCGGAACAAGUCCAACGGACCACGAGCCGAUGAGCUCCCCCUCCAGCCAUCACUCAUCAGAGUCCAUGUCAUCAUGGGACUCCCGAUUGUCCCUAGCUUCCAAUGUCUCAGGUCUCCCUCCACUUACUCCAGAACCUCUCCAAGGAGAUGCAUCUAAUGGUAGACUCCGACUCAAGACAAUCUGGCUCAGCUUUGCUGCACCACCUCCAAUAUCAAUAAAGAAGAAAGUGGACUUCACAAGACUUGACUGGAAUUUGCUGAGCACGGCCACCCCGGCCAUCAACGCCUGGCUGAACCCAUGUGACCGAGCCAUGCUGUCUGUGAAGCACCUCGUGAGUGAACUGACCAAACGGAAAAGUUCCGUCAUGGCCUGUAUCAUGACCCAAGGCCUGGAGGAGCAAGGCAUCCAUGUCUGCAACAAGAGUAAGUUCAGGAAGAUGACCAGCCUGUCCAAGACACUGCAGGAUGAACCGUCCAGCCAGCUUCUGACCGUGCUGCGAAAGUACCUUCACAUCCAUGGCUGCGGCAGCAUCGAGAGAGCUGUGUUGUCAGAGACUGCCCCUCAGCUCAUCACCAUGCAGAAAGGUAUCCUGGCUCUCACACGUCAGUGGAAGAACGUGCUCUACAUGCCCUACAUGUCAGACAUACACUUCAAGUCCAAGAAAUCUGUCAGACCAUACAAUGUUACUUUCUCCAUCCCCAAACCGGAGAGUUCCGAGAACUUGUGUACAGAUGACGGGGAAGGUACCAUUGAACAGUUUGAUGUUGUGGAUGAGAAGACCUCCCUGUUGCAAGCUGAAGGGGGUCUAGUGAUGAAGUCAACAUCCAACCCGAGUCUCAUCAGUCGUGGUGGACCUUCUAGCAGUGCAGCUGGGAAGGCGGAGCAUGGACAUGAUUGUGUGAGCACUGGGUCGACCUCAUCCUUCCAGCCAAAGAAGUUCCUAGCUACGGUGAGGUCUCGGGGUCGUGGAGCAUUUCCUAAUCCAGUGUUGAGCUGCAUGGAUUCGCCAGAUCGCAAGGUUGAACAGACACAGACAGCAGCCACCCUGAGCCCUCCUACAGCCAUGCCAAGGAAUGACAGCAACUUUAGCUUCAUGUCGGCAGCAGAGAGUAUAUCUUCUAUAGAUCAGGCCGUGGCUUCAACCCCUCCCCACACGCCUCUGAGAACUAGCGGCCAGAAACAGUUGCAUCUGAAGAACAGGUACAGCAAGAUUACAGACAUGUAUCAGUGGAUGACAGCACAGCAGGAAGACUUCAAGGAUCCACUAGAUGAUGGCACCAACUAGGGCCGAACCCAUGAGAACAUUUCAACAGGAUUCGGUAGCGUCUGGAGCCAGGAUGACAGCAGGACAGAUGUGAACGAGGAGUACCUAACAAUGGCUACCUCCAUCAUGCAACUGGCUGAUGCACAGCUGCUGUUCCGGCCGCUGCUGCAGAGCCUUGGGUUGCAUGUUGAAGGAGUCAGACCUUCAGCAAUGAUGAAGAAGUUUGGGGGCCACUUGCUCCUUCAGGCCAAUCUUGACAUCCUGAAGAUCCAGAUAGCUGAAUCGGAAGCCUCCUACUCCAAGGGUAGUCACAAGGUGAAGGGGAAGAGUAAGAAAUAUCGCCUGAAUAUGAAUGCAGGGAACUCAGCUUUUUCUUGUGAAGGAUUUGGUGUGAAUAUCUCCAUGAAAGAUGUUGUGGACUUUGGUCAGAAAGAUGCCGGUGUUGGCGGAAGGUCAAAGAGGUUUCCUUGGAAAUUUGCAAUGCAUAAACUAGAGGCUAAGCCCACUACUCUACAAGUAAACUUCUUGAUCAAAUGUCAGGCCAUUACUCAGCAUGUGGACAUGGCAUUGUUGAGAUUGGUCCAUCAAGUGGUCACUAUGGUGGAUAAUAUCAAAGAAACUCAGGUGGAACUCAAACAGAGGAGGUCAGGCUUUGAUUGGGUGAAGACCCACAGAAAACAGGAGUCCAAGGAUUCUACUUCCAGUGCAGACACACAGCAAUCAGAUCUGUCUAAAGUUGACCAGCCAUCUGCCGAGACUCAAAUAUCUACACCUGAUCAGAGUCUUUGUUCCGAUACACUAAUCCAAGAAUCAGAAAAACAUGUUGCAAAGACACCUAAAAGUGUAUCCUCGUUCAGACUUGCCCUUGAUUCAAAACGGCCAGACAAACUCCCUCUACAAGCUCAUCCAAAAAAAUCCCAACUACGAUUUGCCAAAGAACCAAAACGUCCGAGAUCUGACAUAACUGUAACUCCAAGUCAGCACUCCGAAGUUCUAACACCUCCUCAGUCUCUGAACCUGAGUGAUUCAGUGACAAUGGAUCUGGUAGACACUUCUUCACCAGCCCUGGCCGAGAAGACAAUCGUGGACGAGAUCAAGGAGAGCACCCCUCAGUGCUGGAGACACCUCUACCAUCUCCUGGAGCUCUACUCCACCAUGCCUGAACCCAAGACUGUUCUGAGGAAGCCCGGGGAUGCCAAGCUGCCCAUUAUUGAGGAGGAAGAGCCUGAGAGUGAGAUGAAGAGGGACAGCAGCAAGCUGGGUUCAGGCAGUCUGCCCCGAGACUCCAGCAAGAUGGGGUCUGGCAUCACGCUGCAGGAUGAGGAUGGGAAGAUUCCUGAUAUUGGGAAGGAAGAACAGGAGAUUGGUGGGAAGGGACCUUCCCUUGCACAGACUUCCUUCAUCAGGACAAGGUUCAAACAGAGUAUUUACAUUGGAGAGAGCAUCCCGCUGGUGGUGUACGGCAUAGCCAAGAUCGAGAAGGUUCAAGUGCUGGCAGUGCUGUCUGGCCUCAAACUGGAGGCGGAGCUACGCAGGGUGCACGCCAGCGGAACGUACAAGGAACGAGUUAAAGGCUUCCUUCACCGAAAGUCGUCGGACUCGUCGUUCACAGCCCAUGUUGGACACACAAUGAUCGUGCUGCUGGAGGGGGUACCACCUAGCAUGCAGACUGUGGUGACCGUGAACAUCCGUAAGUCCCAGGCCCUGCACACAACGGUGAUGAGACGAGCCAAGGAACACAACUCAGCCCUGGCAUCUAUCGGCCAUAUUGACAUCGACAUCCCACAACACCCUGUUGUGCUGCACGGCAUGAUGACCCGCAGCUCCAGACAACUGACAUCAACACUACAGGAGUUCGGCUGGCCGCUGCAGCUGUCCAGAACAGCCAGGGUAAACAUCAACACUACAACUGUCCAGAACAGCCAGGGAUCAACUGUAGAGAAUAAUAGGCUGAGUUCGGCUGGCCGCUGUCCAGAACAGCCAGGAGGAGGUGAAGAAGGAACAGACGGAGCAGUCAGAGAACAAGGCUCCGGGGAAACCCCGCCGCACCGAGCAGCCUGCCCCAUCCUCUGUCAGCAAGCCGGUCACGCUACACAUACACUUCAAGACGGUCUUCCAGGGCAUCACCACAGCAGCGUCCAUACUCCCUUCUCUCAAGGCUCAGCACAAGACUGGGUCUAUCACCGAGCUGGCAAGACGGGGAAGAAGGCACGGUUCACUGUGGUCCUGCCCAAACAUACUCUCAGCUUCAGGUCAAAGGUGGUUACUACGGAGACCUCCAUCCCCUCGUCGGCGAGUAUCGAGUUGCCCCCGAUCCACGUGUACGCCGACUACCGCCAGCACAAGGCAGGAGCUCCUGUGUCGGAGACUCUGACUGAGGGUCUCAUCCUGAAGGCGGGAAGCUACAUGAACGCCGUGGCUGAGGUUGGGAUGCUAGAACACAGCCUUACAACAGACCUCCUCAACCACUUGGUCUUUGUUCAGAAAGUCUUCAUGAAGGAGGUGAACGAGGUUGUCCAGAAGGUGUCAGGGUCAGAUCAGCCCAUGAGACUGUGGUCCGAGGAGGAGAAGUCCACCCAGGCCAGUGACCCCGAGCCACUGCUCUACUCUUUCUCCUUCAGGUUCAAGGGCAUCCAGAUCACAGCCACCACCCCGACAUCGAAUGCAGUGAGACUGGAGACAGGAGAGAUUGAGUUGGAAGUGUCCAACAGGGUGCAUAUGGCGGCCCGGGAAUCUCAGCCUGAUAUAGACUAUGAGGAUAACCAGAAGGUCUUCAUCCGAGCCCAGAUAUACCUCAACGUGGCCCUUGGGCAGCUGCUGAAGAACCAAGUGUUUGAGGAGGCUGAGCCCGAGUUUCAGACAAUGGCUUUCUUCAAGACCAAGAUAGGAAUCAGGAAUGCCUUACAGGAUGAGAUGAUCCCAGGGGUGUCCACCAAUCAGGAGGCCCUCAUCAUCAACCUCACCCGACCCAUCGUCCUGGCCCAGCCACUUGCCUUCGACAAGGCUGUGUUGGUAUGGCUCAACUACAAGAAUGCCUAUGAGUACUGGACGGAGCAGAGGAUGUCCCUCAAUAAGGAGGUUCAGACAGCCACCCAGGAGGUCAUCAACAAGCUGCCACAGUUUGCCCAGGCUGCGGCACCGCCCUCACUCAGCACCCUCUUCCUCCAGCUGACCGUUGACGACAUGGGCAUCUGUGUCCCCAUCGACACCCUCUCCUACCAGGCUGCUCCAGGGCUGGGACGCAUGGCAGAAAGUGACCCUGGGGCAGCGCUGGUGCUUACGGUGGAGAGUAGCCAGAUCUCAGCCUGCUCAUCAGGGUCCCUCGUCAGCAAGGGCAGGUUCAAAGGGUUCAGUUUCCGGUUUGCUGAUGACUUCGAGACGUCUUGGGAUGACUGGAAACCAAAUGGGAAAGAAGAGCCGAACAUGAACAUCUGCUGUGUGCCCGAGGGCACGUAUGAGGUGUGCUCCAGGACCAUCAACAAACAAGCCUCAGACCCAAAGAGUAAUGCCAAGUGGAUCCUGAACGUCCAGUGGCAGAUGCAGGGCAUCGACGUCCACCUCGACACCAACAUCGGCAAGCGUCUGACAGCCCUGGGCCACAACCUCACAGCUCUGGCUGGGGAGGCAACUGAGGCAGUGUAUGGGGCGGGAUUCGGGAUGCAGGAGGACGAGACUGAUGGGUUGGAUAAUGAAGCCACAGACACCGAGAUCGAUGACCCUGUGCGCCGUCCAAGUCUUGUGUCUGACAUUCUUCCUGAGGAGAUCUUCAGUCAUGACUUGGACCCCAAGGAAAGAGCAAGACAGAUUGAACGCGAGAUGAACGAACAGGCGAAAGUGGUGCAGGACCUCAAACAACUUGGCGCGCCAUCAUCCAUUAUCGAGGCCGAGAGACGUAAGCUUGAGGAGCUACAAGCUAUCCUCUUCCACGAUUUCCGCAGAGAUGUCUUCAACAAGUUGAAGAAACAGAGCGAACGGGCAUCAGCAAUAAGGGACAAGCUUGGGUUAAACCCUAAACCAGCACACAGUCGUUCCAAGUCGUAUGGUGGACAUCAUGGCAAACGCAAGGAUCAUCAAGGCGAGAGCAGUCGUGUUACGUCUUACACCAUGGAUCCUAGACGACAGGCUCGCACUCACUCCAUUGACCUGGCAGCAAUAUCCCCUGCAGGGCAUGUGGCCAGGGUGCAGUUUGGGGCCACCAGGUCCAACACAUACACACCACCAGGAACCCCCGAUGCGAUGACCUCAAGUUUUGACGAGACUGAUAUGCCGCUGCUCAGAGAGAGCGUGUCGCUGCAGGACCUGACGUCUGACUCUGACCUGCCCUCAUCCACUGACUCCGACACUCCAGACUCACAGAUCAACCUGGACACAGUGUUCCGACGAAGACCAUCCAAGACAAAGAAGAAACUGAAGACCAGCUCCAACCCCAGUAUUGGCAGUGGCAUGACCUCCAAGAGCUCUGCUGCAGAACCCAACAUCGACUUUGAGCUGGAUGUGAAAGUGUUCAUCGACAGCGGCAAGUGUGUGCUGUAUCCUAAAGAAGCCAGGGAUGAGGAGGUCAAGAGACAACAGAAGAGAGAGAGAAACCUGUCUGGAGAGCAGACGGCAUCACCUGUGAUGAGGCGGAAGCUGAAGAGACAGGAGUCAUCUUCCACUCUGCUUCAGAGCAAGAAGAGUAUUGCACCACCCCAGGUCACCGUGGAAACCACAGUCUUUUACCUACCAAGUGUUGAUGUCAAGGUCCACUACUACUCCAAGACCACACUGGCGGAGUUGCCACACAGCACAGGCAGCAUCUCUGAUGGGGAGAAGAUGUUCUCCUCCAGUCUCGACCGACCUGAUCUCACAACACAGUCAUCGACAGAUGUGUUUGUCACACAGACGGAUGGCAACUGGGACAACAUCGACAACGCCUCCAGUGUGUCCGUCCCUAGUCGUAGAGGGGCUGUCAAGAAGGCCAACCUGUAUGCUUGGCUGUCAUUACAGAAACUGCCUGAGGAGAUGAUCAUCAGUCCUUGCCUGCUAGAUUUCCUGGAACAAGCUCUUGAGCCUCUACCAUUCUCAGCACCCUUACACAAGAAAGACCUGAUGGGUAGUGUCCUCAACAUGGAUCUGGAUGCGUCCCAGGCCUCGCUGGGGUCACCGGUCAACGUGGCUUCCUUCCCUGUGGAUGUGGUGGUCUACAUCAAGGUGGAGCCGUCCGUCAUCCGCUUCAACUGCCGACCCAUAUCUCGCGUGGAGUGUCUGCUCCAGGUGCCCUCCCUGGAGCUUGUCUUCUCCACCAAGAAGUCUGACCUGGACGGCUCCAUUGCUGAAGGAACGCCGCCGAUGAAGGCAAAGGUCCCAAAACGAAGCCAUGAAUGGGUGCACAGCAACUCUACGUCCUCACGGAGCCGACUGAGCAGCACCAUGUCCGAAGGCUCCUCCUCAACCCACUCUGGAGGCCUGAGUGUCACCGGCUGCCUCUCUGACUUCUCACUGUAUGUCUUCCACCCUUACGGAGGGGGGCAAAGACGCCUAGGCAGUAUACAGGAGCAUGCAGGGGGAAGGGUGCUGGAGAUGUCCCGCAAGGACUCUCUCAGCCUCAAUGUGGAGUUCAUCAAGGUGAACAUCGCAAGGAGUCGGAAGAUGGAGUUGCGGGGAGCUUCGGAAAACUCGGUGUCAGCCAACAAGGAGGCCCAGAUGAAGUCAAAUGUGGUCAGGUUCUCAGCCAUCUGUGACAUUGGCACAGCCAGUUUCAAAUACGAUAUGAGACGUUUGUCCGAGAUUCUAUCUCUACCUAAGGCCUGGUACAGGAGAAACCUGGCCCGCCGCCUGUUCCUGGGAGACGAGAGCAUCGUGCACACACCGGGUGAUGCAGAAGUAGAUGUCACCUUGUCUUCAAAACAUCCAACUUUGUCAACACAAGCCUCUCUUUCAUUCCCUUCCCUAACCGUAUUAGAGGAGAAUGAACCUUUCCGGCUAACUCAUCAUCGAAGGGUUUCCUCUGGAGAUAAAGUUAAAAUCCAGAUCAGUUCUGACCUGAAGAAAGAAAUAUCCCAGAAAUCAUCCUUGAGAGGGUCAUCAGUCCCUCAAUCUCCAACAGAGGGAGGAGGUAGUAAUGUCACUCCCAGGCUGGGGGCUUCGGGAGGACGCAAGUCUCGAGCCUACUCCUCCCCGGAGACAGGUCGCCAUCGGUCGUCAUCAGCGCCACCUGCACCAACCAGCCGAUCCAGCAAGUGGGAGACCCUUGUGUUGUUUGCUGUCAACCUGUCCAGGCUCGAUGUGGACGUCAACAUGAGCAAUGUCAUGGGAAAUACCCUAUGGAGCACAAGGGAGCUGAAGAGUCAUGGCCGACUAUCUAUAGACAGCAGUGGACACAAGAACCUCAAGAUAACUGGAGGGUUGGGAGGAUCGUCCUUUGAGUCCCGUGGAGGUGUUGUAGGUGGCGCCAUCGACCUACAGGGUCUGCAGACUUUCUUCCAUGUAACGGAGGACCCGGAGCUGGGCAAGGACCCGGACCAUCGAGCAGGUCUGACCCUGGAGGCCAUCGAGGGUCGUGUGGACUACAUGGGCAGCAGUGUCCUGAUGACAAGGCUUAGCCGCCUGGACUUGCUGCUGCGUGACGAGUGGCACGUAGAGUCCGAAACACAGAACGACACACCGCUCGCCACCAAGAGAUCGGCCUACUUGUUUGUGAAUGGUGAUCUGCACUGGGACCAGUUCCAUCUGAUGAUCUCGAGGUCUACAACUCCUGACCUCAUUAAGCUGGUGGCCAAGCUUGACGAGUUCUUCACACAGCAGCUGACCAGCAGUAAGCGAGUCCUAUCGGCAUUCGGGCCCAUCCCAUCACGGAACCGGACAACAUCGCAGAGGAAGUUGUCAGAAGAUAGUGAGUUGUUAUCUGAGUUGCGGCACCACCGACACUGGCAGGGGGCACUGGAGCAGCUGGUCGGGUGUAACUUCCGCAUGCUGCCACAGAUACUGCCAAGUGAGGGGAUGAUCCUGGGGGGCACCGUCACGCUCCAGGGGGAGAACCUGUCCCUCGCAUCAUUCCAUGGCAUCAACUUCAGAUCCAAAUCCUGGGCCAUCUUCAACAUCCGAGAACCGUACAUCUAUUUCUCCACAGAGGCGCAAAAUACACCUGACAGAGGUACCCAUGUGGUCCAGGAUCUCACCUUCAUCAUCGGUCAGAAGUCGACCAAGGGAGGCAUGUCCAGCCAGCAGCCCCCUAACAGCUCCGCCCCCCACAUGGCCACCAUCUGCAAAGUGUCGCGAGGUCACUAUGUUCCUCAGCAGUUCACCAGUGUUCAGGAGUGGUUUAACUAUGCUUUCUCCUCCUCCGACAUGAAAGACCUGGAUUCCUUCCCGAGUGUCCGCCAUGAACACUGUGAGAGUCCGACUGAGCACCGCAAGUCCCGCAAGCCCCAGGCCUACAACCAUGAGUCUGAGAAGAUCUUCGCCUUCCCCUCCCUGUACAUGAACCUCAAGACAUUCCACUACCAGGGAGAACACGAGCCCCAGAACGAUGAUCCCCAGCCAGUGGUUGAAAGCAGCUUUGUGACGGAGUUCUAUGACCACAUCUUCGUUGCCAUGGAUGCAGAGGUCAUCCUCUUCCUCCACGACCUUGUAUCCUCCUACAUCAAGGAAAAGGACAAAGGUGCCCGGUCAUCCUAUGGUCAGGCAGCUAAGGUAGCCAAGGCCACAGACCAGGAUAAGAAGAAGUUGACAGACCCAACAGAAGCCUUGAAGCAAGACUACCGAGACUUCCACUGCAAGACGUGGCAGCUUGAACCAACAGUUCGACUGCUACACUGGGCCAGCAAGCAGAUCGACCCAGUGGGUGUGGACUUCGUGCUGCAGAAGCUGGGCUUCUCUCACGCCAGGGUGACCAUCCCCAAAUGGAUGCAGAGAGGAGUGAUGGACCCUCUUGACAAGAUCCUGUCCAUGUUGGUCAACAGCCUUGUGGUGGCUCUCAAGGAUCAGCAGGAUCGGGAUCUUGCGGAUGAUGUUGAUUGAGAGUGGAGCAGAAGGUCCUGUUGAUGCUGAUUAAAGCCUUGUGGUGGCUCUCAAUGAUCAGCAGGAUCGGGAUCUUGUGGUUGAUAUUGAUUGAGAGUGGAGCAUAAGGUUCUGUUGAUGCUAAUUAAAGCCUUGUGGUGGUUGUUAGAAUCAGCAGGAGCGGAAUGUUGAUGAUAAUGUAGACUGAGAGAGGAGUGUAGUGUCCUGUUGAUGCUGGUCAAUAGCCUUGUGGUGGUUCUCAAGGAUCAGCAGUACCACAGGGUUGUUGACAAUGUAGACUGAGAGAGGAGCGUAGUGUUCUGUUGAUGCUGGUCAAUAGCCUUGUGGUGGUUCUCAAGGAUCAGCUGGAUCGGGAUGCUGUGGAUGAUGUGGACUGAGAGAAGAGCAGAGUAUCUUGUUCAUGAUUACAGCCUGUUGGUGUCUCUCAAGGGUCUUUAUGUAUAAGACCAGAAGAUUGUGGAUGGUCUAGGUUGGAGUGGAGUGUUUGAUCCCAUCAAUGCUGGCCAAUAGCCUUGUGUUGACUCUCCAGGAUCUGUAAGAUCAGCACAUAGUGAUGAUUCAGAGUAAUGGCUAGAGAGGGUGGGAUCCCUGGACCCUGAUGGCCUUAAUCAUGGCCUUAGCAAGGCUCUUUGGAUAUGUGCUGAUGGUGAGCUUGUGUUGUUUCUCACUGUUAGUGCACGCCACACACACUAAAAGUGGAGUAUGACCUUGAUUUAGCCCUGACACCACAGCUUCUGUUGAGAAACUUCAAUAAACUCCAACUGGCAUCUAGAUUUGAAGAAUAUUACACCAUAAUCCUUAAUUGAGUGGGAAUACAUGGUUUGGUUAUCAAACUGCUUGAGCCAGAGGACAACUUCAAACAACCAGAGUGUACUUCAGUUAACAGUCUCCACUGACAGACAAACAACAGUGGUAGAGACAUGGAAGUUUGGGUAUAGAUUUUAGUGUUCGUCGAUGCCACUACGCAUAUUGAAACAAUAUACAUGGCACUUAUCAGCCUGACAGUACUGAAGGUGAGAACAUGGGCCUACUUGUAGCCAUAGACAAAAUGAUAUGAUGCUGAUCGUGAGGUGAAGUUGAACUUGAGAUGAAAAGCUUAUAUGUAUAUGUUCAAUUCAUUUCUUGUGUGUAGACAAAAUGUACUGUUUUAUCUUCCAGAGUUCAACACUGACUUAAAACAUUCAUGGAGCUACAAUUGUUAUAUUCUUUCAUAGUUUAUAGUAGACUUAUGGCAGUUAUUGCACUGCAGUUGUCAUAUCUCCCAUAGUUUAGCAUGUAUUUAACCUGCAGUUUAACAUACAUAGCUACAGUUGUAUUUUCCAUGGUUAAUCAUACCAAUGACAGUGGAAGUGCUACAAUUGCUUUGUGAAACAGGACCCUCUUUUGCAGAAUGUAAUGACAACAUAUCAGUAUUGAUCCUGUGAUAAUUGGUCUGUCAACAAGCAAUAUACUAGCAUUAACGCAAAACCAAAUGCUCACAAAUCUAAGGAGGUGAAAUCUCAUUGAUGUCGGCUCACGAGUGUGAUGAUGAUAUAUAAUCCAACAACUUGUACAUGUUGAAACUUGAAUGUAUUCCUCAGUCAGGGCUUUGUUUUACAAAGCUAUCGUAGCUCUACGACUGUCGUACCUCCAAUACUGUAACGUACACUUACGACAGUCGUGCUACGAUAGCUUUGAGAAACGGGGCCCAGGCCUGACAGGUGUGUCCAGGUGUUGUGUGAAGUAGUUAGUAUGUACAUGACCAUGUCAUGAAUAAGUGUUUUAAUAGUGCUGCAUUGGUUCCAUCAUUGUUACAUUCCAUCAUGUUGAGUCAGCAUUAUUUGAGAGUGAAAAAAGACGUGAAGAUUCACCACAGCUUGAGGAUAACUGUAUUCUGACUAAAUCCCUUUUGUCAGUUUUGACGACGGAAUGUUUUCUGCGAAAUUCCAUGUGUUUUGUGGAUGUUCGUUGACUCUAGUUUGCUACAGUUGUAUAACACUAUUACUAAUUUUUGUUUUAUAAAAGCAGCUGAGAAGAAACAUGUAUGCAGAUAGGACACGACAUUAGGAUAGUACUGGAAUCUAUACUUUACUGAGAAAGUUAUAAUGCCAAAUAUUUAACAUGUGCUACAUUUGACCAUUUCUAAAAGGCAUUGUGAAUUCAUACUUAGGAUAUGUUUACAUUGACACUGACAUAGUCACAAAAACAUUAAGGCAUUAACAGAGGUGAGGCAGAGUGGAGAAGGUGUUUUCUUGUCACAUGGGUGCCAUUCCUCAGACCCAUGAAGAUCCGGGUUAGAAUUGAUCUUCAGUGAGGUGAGGUGAAAUGGGGUUUAACAUCGUACUUGAGAAU